AUGGAUGAUUAUGUCGAUGAGAAAGUGGAUAUAGUGACUGUUGUUGAGGAAAGUGAUGAGAACACCUGGACCUCGCGACAGGCGAAUCUAUGGCUGGAGUUAGAGAAUUACCAACGUCAACCAUCUUCAAUAGUUCUAUUAUACGCCAAUUACUCCGAGGAAAGCAUCAAACACUCGCCCGUUCUAAAGCAAGAAAAUCCAGAGGUCUUUUUUCCUCCCGACUUCUUCCCUGUUAUCAAGGCAGACCUGAACGGGUCAUUCUUCUGCGACUAUGACAUUGACGAUAAAGAACAAGUCACCAAGCAUUUAUCCUGGACCUGCUUCAAGAUCAAACACGUCAUCAAACCAGGCGAAUACGCCUGGAUCCAGACAGCCGUCUUCGUCCAAUGGCACCCGCAAGAAAACCGCCAACUCGUCUUCUUCCUGAACCUACCGACCAUCGUGGCAGAGUAUCUCGCCGCGCAUCGACCCGCCCCAAACCAGCGGGGCAACCCAUACAUCUGGCACACGCUGUUCGCGCAAGGCGUAGUUCAAGAAUACGACAAGUCGAUCUGGUCUCUGCGGGAUCUGGUCCGGCCUAUCGAGAAGGCCCGCAACAAACCACGCCCGCCCCCCCUCAACUUCCCCAACCUCCACGACAUCGCCCGCCACAUCUUCCACGCGAACGAGACCCUCGAGGUCGCCAUCCACACCCUGCAGUCUCUAAUCGACGAGCAGGCGCGCUUCCGCGCCGAGCAUGCAGCCCUGAUAACCAAACCCCGCGGCGGCUGGAUCCACACCGCGCAGCGGGCGCACUACGUCGCGAAACAGCUGCAUUCGCUCCUGACGCGGUCGAAAUCGCUUAGUGAGCGGUUACGCAACGAGAUCAAUCUGGCAUUUAAUCUGGUUUCGCAGAAGGAUGGUGCGAUGAUGAAGACGGUGGCGAUUGUGAGUAUGGUGUACUUGCCGGGGACGUUUAUAUCGGGUCUGUUCGGGACGAACUUCUUCAAUCUGUCGGGCAAUGAUGGGGCGCAGUCGUGGAUCAUGUCCGGGAAUUUCUGGCUGUACUGGGUUAUCACGCUGCCGCUCACGUUGGCGACGAUGCUGGUCUGGGCCUCGUGGCAUUAUUUCCCACACUAUUACCCCCGUAUAAGUCUCAGGCCGCUAAAGGACGCGAGCUCGGUUGCCUGA